GAAAACCUCUCUGCCUCCGCCGAUUCUGACCUUGCAUCACCCAUUCAGCUUUCCAGUCUCUCUGCGUCGUUCUAGGGUUUUUAUUAGUAUUUGCUUCGAAGAUGGGAAGGGCAAAGAAAGCUCAAAAGUUUGCUGUCAUUAAGAAGAUUAUUAGCCACAAAGCGUUGAAGCAUUACAAGGAAGAGGUUUUGAAUCCAAACAAGAAGGACCUCACAGAACUUCCGAGAAACGUUCCGAGUGUUCCUGCAGGGCUUUUCUUUUCUUACAACUCUACAUUGGUUCCUCCUUACCGUGUUUUGGUGGAUACUAACUUCAUCAACUUCUCUAUCCAGAAUAAGAUCGAUCUUGAGAAGGGAAUGAGAGACUGUCUGUACGCAAAUUGCACUCCUUGUAUCACUGACUGCGUCAUGGCUGAGUUAGAGAAGUUAGGUCAGAAGUAUCGUGUUGCUCUGAGGAUUGCGAAAGAUCCUCGCUUCGAAAGACUACCUUGUGUACACAAAGGAACAUAUGCUGAUGACUGUCUCGUUGACAGAGUUACUCAGCAUAAGUGCUUCAUAGUGGCUACUUGUGAUAGAGACUUAAAGAGAAGGAUUCGAAAGAUUCCUGGUGUGCCGAUCAUGUAUGUGACGCGACGCAAGUACUCAAUAGAGAAGUUACCUGAAGCUACACUUGGUGGUGGUAUGCAUCUUUCCACUGGGUCAUCUGAAUAUACUGGUACUUUGCAUAAGUGCUUCAUAGUGGCUACAUGUGAUAGAGAUUUAAAGCGAAGGAUUCGAAAGAUUCCUGGUGUGCCGAUCAUGUAUGUGGCGCGACGCAAGUACUCAAUAGAGAAGUUGCCUGAAGCUACACUUGGUGGAGGUAUGCAUCUGUCGGCUGAGACAUCUGAAUCUACUGGCCAAGUCACUUACACAUUUUCGACUGUUUUAAAAGCAUGUGCCGCUUUCUCAUCGCUUCUUAUGGGAAAACAAGUGCACUCAAUGAUCACAAAGCGUGGAAUGGCUUUUGACUUAGUCUUGUCCACGUCUCUCAUAGAUAUGUAUGCCAAGGCAGGUGAUAUUACCUCUGCUUCAUGUGUCUUUAACUUGAUGCCAAUGAAGAAUCCGGCUUCGUGGAAUUCAAUGAUAGGAGAUGAAUUCAAGAAGCUGAUCGAGCGCGGUUACAAGCCUGAUCAGGUGACUUUCACUAACUUGUUAUCGGCUUGUGCUCAUGCUGGGCUAGUGGAAGAAGGGGAAAAGCAAUUCAUGUUGAUGAGUAGGCUUGGGAUAGCUGCAGAAAAGGAACAUUAUGCUUGUAUGGUGGAUCUAUUAGCAAGGGCUGGUCAAUUAGAUAAAGCAGAGAGAUUGAUAAAUGGAAUGACUGUUGAGCUCGGGGCUUGCAGAUUGCAUUCAUGUCUGGAGCUCGGUGAAGCUAGUUACUGCUGAAGGAAUCUCGAGGCUCAGAAGAGAGCAUCCUGCAGCUUAUGAUGUACUGUGUAGAGUUCGUCUGGCGAGAAAGGAGAUUGGACUAGUGUUAUGGAGUUAAGGAGACUGAUGAGGAAGACAAAAGUGGAGAAGCAAGACGCUAGUAGCUGGACUAGCUCUCCCACUUAAUAUUACCAGAAACGUUACAUUUUUUGUGUGUUUUUUACUAUAGAGUUGCGAAACAGAGCAGUUGUGAUCUAUGUCAAUCACCUAUUGAGACGAAUCUCAAAGGUAAGAGAAGUUUUAAAAGAACACACUUUGGGUAAUGCAAGAUUCUUUCAUUGAGAAUAAACAAAGCAAAGUAUC